GGCCAGCAGGUGGUUGGGGGUGUUUGGGGACCAGCAGAAAUAGACCCCACCACGACGGGGGAGACACCUCCCGUUUUGGGCACCAGUCCUGAAGGAGGAGGCUCGUGCUAAGCCGCUGUUGCUAGUGCCGCCCCUGGGGACCCAGGCCUGGGGGAUGGUGUUGACAACAGGCACCGGGCUCAUGCAGGCUCGGGACUAGGAGGAACACCCCCUGAGGAUAACCUGGCUCGCAAGCCACCCUCGGUGACGAUGUGCCCAGCCUGGCCCUGGAAACAGCUCCUCUCUCUGUGACUGAUGUCAUGCUCAGGCCCUGCCUGGAUUCUGCACCCUUUCAAUCAAGGGACCCUUCUGGGUGGCUGAGCUCUGGGCUCCACAGCAGACAGAUUGUGGAAGCUCAGAGACGGUGGGCCUGGCGGGUGGCAGGAAGGGGAUGCUCUUGGGGAGGGUGAUGCCGCCUCCAAGGGCUCAGGAGUCCUGAGGAUUGAUGCUGCUUCUUGACCUCAUCCAGCCCAGCUCACCAGGCCAACCCAGCACGCAGGCCUGCCCUGCACACACAGCCCAGCCCAGCACACAGGCGUGCCUGGCACACACAGGACAGCCUGGCACACAGCCGUGCACGGCACACCGGGUACUUGAUGGAGUACCUCCUUUUUGUGCUGUAUUUCUCCUUCUUUCUUUGCCUCUGCACCCUUGUCUGUCUGUACUUCUCUGGCUGCCAAGAGAUGACCUACAAACAUGAAGGUUAGUGGCUGGGGGUGGCGGUGAGGGUGCAGGGAAGUCACUUUGGUGGCUGGGAAGCUCGUUCCAUUGCUGGUGAUUCUGCUGGAAACGGUAACUGGGUAAGGAGAGGGCCCAGAGAGGCUUGGCUUGCUGCCAGGGUUUGUUUUGGGACAUCUCCUAUUUCCUCUUUGCCCCGUUUGAUCUGCUGAGAAUGAGCAUAUCUGAUAUUCAAAGUGUAAAUGAGGAUAAAUGUUUAUUUUUAAUCGUUUUUAACAAAGCUGCCUUUAUAAAACAUGGGUUGGUUUGUAAAAAGGAGCCUGGAGAGCGAGACCUUGGUUGUAAAGAAAUGGGCGAGGUGGUGAGCCCUUUCUGUGGGACGCGCUUGGGGUGAACAAGUCGGGGAACUGGUGCUCAAAACUAUCUUCUCUUUGGGAAUUCCCAGGGAAUUUAGAACCAUUGAGAUUCAGAAAAUGUUAUGAUUUUCUUCAUACUUACUGUUUUUUAAGCCCCACCCUAUGCCAAGCAUGAGACAGGGCAUCAUUUUCUAGGUGGUUCUUCUCCCAUUCCUCGUGAGAAGACGGUGAGCUAUUUCACACGUUUUGAAAAUGCAGUGUAAGGCAGGCGUUUUCCUCUAAGAAGACAGCCUGGAUGUUUUCACUUUAAACAUUAAAAUGUCUUUUUAAAAUGCACUUCAUUUUCUAGAGAAGUUUUAGGUUUUCAGAAAACUUACACAGAACAUACAGAAUUCCCACGUACCCCCUUCAGUCUACACACUGUUCCCCUAUUAACGUUCCCCCUCCCCUCUGCACACAGUUUCCCUAUAGUUCAUGUGCCCCCUCCCCUCUGCACAGUUUCCCAGUUGUAAAUGAACCCCCUCCCCUCUGUGCCCUGUUCCCCUAUUGUUAACAUGCCCCCUCCCCUCUGCACACUGUUCCCCUAUUGUUAACGUACCCCCUCCCCUCUGUACACUGUUCCCCUGUUGUUAACGUGCCCCCUCCCCUCUGCACACUGUUCCCCAGUUGUUCACGUAUCCCCUCCCCUCUGCACACUGUUCCCCUGUUGUUCACGUAUCCCCUCCCCUCUGCACACUGUUCCCCUGUUGUUAAGGUACCCCCUCCCCUCUGUGCACUGUUCCCCUGUUGUUAAGGUGCCCCCUCCCCUCUGCGCACUGUUUCCCUGUUGUUAACGUGCCCCCUCCCCUCUGUGCACUGUUCCCCUGUUGUU